AUAUAUAAUCGUUACACAGUCGUGGUCCUCUCUCAGUCGUUGAAAAGUACUUUGUUCGUGUGCGCAAUUUCAAAAUCGUUGGGCUACUAAAAGAAAAGAAAGAACUUGAUCUUGAAAAAUGGAUCCUGUAGAAAGGAAUUCAGAAGAAGAAAAUGAAACUACUGCUGCAGAAAUAAAUCAGGUUACAGGCAGUGAUGAAGAACAAAAUAUUUUGGACGAGUACAUUGCCCGAGGUAGUAUACGAAUGGAAAAUCAAGAUGAGUAUUUUGAUGAAGAUCACGAGGAACGUGAAAAUGUGUGGCGCUAUACCGCUGCAAAUAUAGAAGCCAACCGAAGAUUUUGUGCCCUGUUUACGGAUUUGGUUACGAAGUAUUCAAGACCUGUGAAAAAGGAAAAUUCUAGGAGACCCUUAACAAAUAAAGAAAUGUUAGUAAUAAUUAUAAAAGAAUUGGAGUUGUUAGGGUUAAUACAUACGGAACGUGUAGACGGUGAUCCCGAAAAAUUGAUUGUGUACACAUGCAACUCUGAGAAGAAGUCUGAAAUAUACGAGAAAUAUACUGCUAUGACCAGAGAAGAAAAACUGCGAAAACAAGAAAUAAUAAAAAAAUAUGAGGACACAAUCACGCAGUCACAAAAUAAUCUCGAGUCUGAAAUGUGGAGUACAGAUUUUAAAAUCACAAAAAUAGACCAAUCAACAAUCACAGAAACACAAAAAAGUGAAGCAGAAACAACAGAAGUAUCGACACAUAAAGAGCAUAUGGAAUCAUCACCACCACCAUUGAGAGAUCUUUCACCAAAGAUACCCCGAGAUUUGCCUGCAAAAACAUCGUCAAAAUACGCUCGGGGUACGUCAAGAAAAAGCACUCCGGCAAAAUCAACUAGUACAAAAUCACCCUCUAAGAGUACUUCUAAACCAUGGAAAUAAUAUAGGAUGUAUAACAAUUUUUAUAUAAAAAUUAUUUUAAUUGUAUAAUAUAUUUAAGAAUUUUUUUAUAAAUUUUAUAGUUUUAUAGACUGUAUAAAAUAAUUUGUCAAAACAACAAGAUUGUGUUUCGAAGAUAUUAUAUGA